GUGAAAAAUGAAAGCCAUUUGACAAAGAUAACAAACGGAAAUUUUGUGUUUAAAUAUGUCAUGUUCGAAGAAUGCUAGUAAAUUAACUGAUAAGUGUAGACUAGACUGUUAUACAGAGGAGAAGACACAUUGUGAAGAUGAAAUCGUACCAUGUAACACAUCAGACAGCCGGACUUAUGCAGUGACUGUAUCCAAGAAAUCCUCAGCAUCAGGAGUAGAUGAGUCCCUGUGCGCUGGCCAAAAGUCCUUCAUAAGCAUCCACUCAACCGAUCAGCUUUGUCAAGUGGACACACAGAAGAUAUCCAAUCUUGACGACUGCAAUGUCGAAGUACUAAGUUUAAAUGAGGUUUUCCCAUCAACGUCAGAAGAGAGUUUAUCACUUGACGAUGAUACUCAACAUAAGAAGCAAAAAUCUAAAGGAGCUAUACAAAAGACUCAAAUUGACUUCAAUAACAGUAAAUCUACUUACGUGCCUACAAAUAGUAAGUCAUCGACGGUGUCAGGGCGACAGAAAGAUAUAGAACCGCAGACAUCUGUUUAUUCUGAUUUCGAUAUUCCAAAAAAUACAAUGUAUGUGGUAGGGAGCAAUCCCGGUGAGCCAAAAAUGUCAUAUCAAGAUCCACCGAAGAAAAUAUCAAAAACGAUGAAAAAGUUUCUUCGUAAUAUAGACAAGCAUAAGAAUGACCAGAAUACAAAGGGUGGUGAGAAAGCAAUUAGCAAGUUAACAACGAUGCGUGGUAUCCUGAAAGACGGUCGAUGUGGCCCAGAAUGUACCGGGGACUCUACAGUUCAGGACAAUGAAGAUUUAACGGAAGACUUAAUGCUUCCAUACCAAAUGGAAUACGCAUCCAGCUAUACGAAGCAAGGGCCAGACAAGAAUGUUUCUUUCAACACCCAAGUAGUAAUUAUCCACUUCACUGGAGAUCUCUGCGUAGGACAGAGCAUCGAAACUCUUAGUAAGGAAAAGGACCAACAAGCGAGAAACUCUGAACUAAGGAAAACCUACUUAACUAAAUAUAAUGAACUAUGGCCCACGGAGAAAUAAAUUAAGACAAAAAGUAAUUUAUCGAGACAAAUGUCCUUGCUACUUUUAUAUUUGUGUACUGUGGUUUUAUUUACUUAAUUUAUUGAGCACGUUUAAUAUAUAUUUACUGUCAAAUACAAUGUAUUAUAAAUUUAUUCAAAUGAAAUUAUUUUAAAACGUGA